AUGGCUGAUAUUUUAAAAUUUAUGACUUUAGUGGGUAAACUUAAAACUACUAAACGUACUGGUUGGGUAUACCGCGGGGUGAAAUCGCCAGAGAGCGUUUCAGAUCACAUGUACCGAAUGGCUGUGAUGAGUUUUCUCUUGAACAGUCGUGAAGAAGGUUCAAACAUCAAUCGAGAUCAUUGUAUUAAACUAGCGCUGGUUCAUGACAUGGCAGAGUGCAUCGUUGGCGAUAUUACACCAUUCGAUGGAGUGAGCAAGGAAGAGAAACACAAGCGUGAGAAGGAAACUAUGGAGCAUUUAUCGAGUUUGGUUGGGAAGGAAGCAGGGAAGGAAUUUCUGCUAUUAUGGAAGGAAUACGAAGCCCAGGAGACUGAGGAGGCCAGAUUUGUGAAAGAUUUGGAUCGAUUUGAGAUGAUUUUACAAGCUCAUGAGUAUGAAGAAAGCGAAGGGAAGACAGGAACUGGAUGGCUUCAAGAAUUCUUUGAUUGCACUAAAGAUAAAUUCCAGCAUGCCAUCGUGAAAGAGUGGGUGGAACAGCUUAAUCGAUUAAGGCACCAGCCAAAAGACUAA